UUAAUCUUUAUAUGAAUUUAUCACAUACAUGCAGCUGGUUUAGAUUUAAUGUACUUUUUGUGAUACAAAUUGUUUAUUAGAACAAUACGAUGACUAUUCAAAUGACUACUUUUUAACGACUUGAACUUUUUCGGUUUUGAGAAUAUGUAUUAAUUAUGAAAACUGAUUUCAUUUAGAUCUUUUUUAAGCUAAUUUUUUUGAAUAGUAUAUAAAUAAAAUUAUUAAUAUAUGAUAAUGACAUCUCAUGAAUUAGAUUCGUUUUCAAUUGAUGGAAUUCGACUUUUCUCCACAUCAUUAAUUGGAGGUGCAGCCGCUGGUAUUAUUGUAGAUACUGCACUUUUUCCAUUAGAUACUUUAAAAACUCGGCUACAGAGUCAAUAUGGAUUUAUUCAAUCAGGAGGUUUUAGAGGUAUUUAUAAAGGAUUGACCCCGACAAUAAUUGGCGCACCUUUAACAGCUGGAUUAUUUUUUGGAACUUAUGAUGGUUUUAAAAAUCAGUUUUCUAACGUUCCUAGUAAUUUAGUUCCAAUUGUUCAGAUGAGUGGAAGCGUUGUUGGUGAAGUGGUUUGCUGUAUAACUAAAGUCCCUAUAGAAAUUGUAAAACAAAGACGUCAAGCAUCACCUGUACAAGAAUCUAUAGCAAAAAUAAUUAAGAAUGCUUAUAGAGGUGAAGGAAUUUGUGGCUUGUACCGUGGUUUUUGGUCCACAGUUUACAGAGACGUACCAUUUUCAGUAUUACAACUUCCAAUUUGGGAAUAUUUAAAAAAAGAGUAUAAAUUGUUCACUGGUAAACCAUUAACUCCAUUAGAAGUCGCUUUUUGUGGUUCAAUUGCAGGAGGUAUAUCUGCAGCCAUGACUACGCCAAUUGAUGUUACUAAAACUCAAAUAAUGUUAGCUAAUAGUACUAUAGAUCAAAAAUUUACAACAGUAAUAAAAAAUAUUUAUAAAACCAGAGGAUUAAACGGGUUAUUUGCUGGUUUUCUCCCAAGAGUUGCUUUUAUUAUGUUAGGUGGAGCAAUCUUUUUUGGUACAUAUGAAAAAGCAUGUACAUUGGUUGAAAAGAAUUAUAAAAAAUAGAGAUUGUAUUAUAAUAUUCAAUCAGAAAAUGUUAAAUAUCUUUAAAAGUCUUUUAUGUUAUUGUUUAAUAUUUUUACAAAAAUAAAACUUGUUAUAAAAAAUA